AUGAGUACAGCUGGAGGUAUUAGAAAACCUGUCCGUAUUGAGGACUUUCAAUUGGCCAUCAAGGAGAUGGCUUCUUCUGAGCUAGUCAACAUACGUCAUGAGAUUGAAAACAGCAUUAGGCAUUUGAAAGGGUCUAACACCAGGUUGGAGCAAUAUAUAAAGAAACUGCAAGGUCAAGAGAUAAUAGAUGAAUCGAUGGGGGAUGAACGUUUGGAAGAAUUGGAUGAAAAUGACAUAAAACUGUUUGAAGAAUCCAUUCGGGAAAACCAGAUGGUUCUGGCAAAUUAUGAUGAUAGGAUCACGGCUAUAGAUCAAGAAUUUGAUCGUCGUAAUGCAAAGGACGUCCCUGCUCCAUCGACGGAGAAUGUUGCAAAAGCCGCCGAUACUGCAUCCGAUAAUGUUCAACAAAUACCAAACACAAUAUAUCUUUAG